AUGCCUACCAGAAAUACUUUCACCUGGAACUCAAUUGUGAGCACGUUAUUGAAGUUGGGUUUCCUUGAUGAGGCUGUGCGGUUAUUUGAGGCUAUUCCUCAGCCAGAUCAGUGCUCAUGGAAUAUAAUGGUUGCUGGUUUUGCACAACAUGAUGAGCUCCAACAAGCUCUGGGUUAUUUUGCUGGGAUGCAUAAGGAAACUUUCGUGGAUAAUGAAUAUUCUUUCGGCAGUGGUCUAAGUGCUUUUGCAGGUCUGAAGGACCUUAAAAUGGGUACCCAACUUCAUGCUUUGGUCUUCAAAUGUCACUACUAUGUUCAUGUAUGUAUGGGUUCCGCUCUGGUUGAUAUGUAUUCUAAAUGUGGUGUUGUGGAUUGUGCUCUGAAGGUUUUUGAUGCGAUGAAGGAAAGAAACAUUGUUUCUUGGAAUAGCUUGAUCACUUGUUAUGAACAAAAUGGUCCAGCAAGGAAAGCUUUAGAUGUGCUUGUUAGAAUGAUGGAGAGUUCCUUCAAACCAGAUGAAGUUACUCUGGCUAGUGUGGUUAGUGCGUGUGCAACCUUGGAGGCAUUGAAGCAUGGUAUGGAGAUACACACUCAUGUAGUGAAAUCUUAUAAAUUGCGAGGUGACCUUAUUCUAGGAAAUGCAUUGGUGGAUAUGUAUGCAAAAUGUGGUAAGAUUAGUGAAGCUAGACGUGUUUUUGAUAGGAUCCCUGUGAGGAAUGUGGUGUCUGAAACAUCUAUGUUGAGUGGUUAUGCUAAAGUUGCAAGUUUUAAAUAUGCAAAACUGAUAUUCACAAAGAUGAUGGAAAGGAAUGUGGUGUCCUGGAAUGCUCUGAUUGCAGGCUAUACUCAGAAUGAUGAGAAUGAGGAGGCUCUCAAACUCUUUUGUAUGCUGAAACGGGAAUCUAUUUUCCCAACUCACUACACCUUUGGUAAUUUACUGAAUGCUUGUGCCAAUCUCGCUGAUCUGCAGGUUGGCCGGCAGGCCCAUGCUCAUGCUUUGAAGCAUGGAUUUGGGUUUCAAUUUAAUGAAGAUCAAGAUACUUUUGUCAGGAACUCACUCAUAGACAUGUACAUGAAAUGUGCAUCGGUUGAAGAAGGUCGUCAGGUUUUCAGAAGCAUGGUUGAAAAGGAUGUUGUAUCGUGGAAUGCUAUGAUUGUAGGGUGUGCACAGAAUGGGAAUGGGCUAGAGGCUCUUGCUUUAUUUAAAGAAAUGCUUGUGUUUGAAGAGAAACCAGAUCAUGUCACUAUGAUCGGUGUCUUGUGUGCUUGCAGUCAUGCAGGACUUGUUGAGGAAGGACGUCGCUAA